CGCAUACAUCCAAUUAUUCACAUCAGGUUAGGUCAAGCUGGCUGAGCAGAGAAAAAGCAGCUAGUGAACGACAUCGAUAGAGCAAUGGACGCCCAGGCACCGGAGAUCGAGGUACCCAAGGAUGCCGAGCUCCUGCAGGCACAGGCCGACCUGUGGCGCCACACCCUUUACUACCUCACGUCCAUGGGGCUUCGCUGCGCCGUUAAGCUCGGCAUCCCGACCGCGAUCCAUAACCUCGGCGGGGUCUCCUCGCUGCCCGACCUGGCGGCUGCGCUGUCCAUCCCGGCAAGCAAGCAGCCGUUCCUCGGCCGCCUGAUGCGCGCACUGGUCACCUCAGGCGUCUUCGCCAACGGCGGCAAGAACGACUCUGGGGAGGAGCUCUUCCGCCUCAACCCCCUGUCCCGCAUCCUCGUGGACGGCGUCGUCGCCGAGGAGCACCACAGCCAGACGUCCUUUGUGCUCGCUGGGACGUCCCGGCACUACAUGGAAGCUGCGCUGGGGAUGGCUGACUGGUUCAAGAAGGACGCCACUGGACCGGUGCCAUCGGUGUUCGAGGACGUGCAUAGCGCGUCCCUCUUCGACGAGAGCACAGCGGCCUUGGACCCAGAGCUCGACGCACUGGUCACCGAAGGUCUGGCCGCCCACGACAACCUUGGGAUCGGCACCAUCAUGCGUGAGUGCCAUGACCUCUUCAAGGGGCUUGAGUCUCUAACUGACUGCUGUGGUGGUGAUGGAACCACGGCGAGGGCCAUCACCAAGGCUCACCCGCAUGUCAAGUGCACCGUGCUGGAUCUCCCCAAGGUGAUCGACAAAACUCCUUCUGACGGCAUAGUCAACUAUGUCGCCGGUGACCUCUUCCACACCGUCCCGAAGGCUCAGGCGGUGAUGCUCAAGCUUGUGUUGCACCACUGGAGUGACGACGAUUGUGUCAAAAUCCUAACCCAAUGUAAGAAUGCCAUUCCUUCACGUGAGGAGGGAGGAAAGGUGAUUGUCAUAGACAUUGUGGUCGAACCAUCAUUAGGACCAGCCAUGUUUGAGGCACAGACUCUAAUGGACAUCCUCAUGCUUGUGUUCACGAGAGGCCGUCAACGUAGUGAAAAUGACUGGCAUGAGCUUUUCACGAAAGCAGGGUUUAGCGACUACAAAAUUGUCAAGAAACUGGGUGCAUGAGGUGUUAUCGAGGUCUACAAGUGAACGGUUUCAUAAAAGUUUAUCCAAGGAGUACUCUGAAGUACCCUUGCCGUAUGCUUUGCUUAUGUGUGAAUGGUUUGCUUUAAUGAAGAAAAAUAAAGGGACUACCUUAUGUUUGCAAGGAUAUUAUCAUGUAACAGCCUAAGUGAUAAGCUUGUAAUUUCUAUCAUCUUUGUAUCAUGUUUCCUUUUUCAAUUAUUAAUAAUGAGUGUGUUUGUGUAUGUAUUGAUAUAAUGAGUGUUUUUCUUUCUCAUGUACUCCCUCUGAAAAGUAAUAUAAGAACUUUUAUAUCACUAGAUCUUUUAGAUCAAUGGUAUACCCAAUUUGCCGAAACUUAUUGCCCAAGGGUAUAGAAAGAAGUUGUCUAAAAGAUCUUAUAUUAGUUUACAGAGGGAGUACAAGCUUAUGCUUGGGAACAGGAGAAGUCAUCAACGUCAUAAGGAUGACUGGCAUGAGCUCUUCACGAAAAGCAGGGUACAAGGACUACAAAAUUAUCAAGUGGGAGCAUGAGAUGUGAUCGAGAUCUAUCAGUGAACGGCUUCACCAAAGUGUAUGAUUUUUAUCCAGCAAGGCAUACUACUAAAAACAUUUCAAGUGUUCUUUGUUUAUAUAUGGAUGAUGUGAUCUAAUGAAGAAAAAUAAAGGGAGUGCCUAAUAGUCGCAAGGAUACUACCAUAGAACUAAUUAGUUGACAAGCUUGUCAAUUUUUUUAAUCUUUGUAACAUUUCCUUCUGGAAGUAAUAUAUAAUAGGUGUGUUGGUGUAUGUAUUAUUGUGUA